AAUAUAAUUACUCACCAUGCUCCUCACAUUUUCACCAUUCUUGAAAGAUGCUUACAGCUCAGGCCAGCCCCACCACUCUCCGGCCGAGGGAGCCCUUCCCCGCGUCCGCGCACCAGCUCAGGCUGGCCGGGAAGCCCUCCACCCUGCCCGUGCUACGGAGGCCGGUGAUAAGGGCUGUCAUCAGCAGUGGAGACAGCAAAACAGGAGUGGAAAAGGCAGCAGAGAAGGCUGUGGAGAGUGAUGUGUCAUCUGCAAAAAGUGGAGGUGUGAGUGUGAGAGCAGUGAUCAGAAUUAGGAAGAAGAUGAAGGAGAGGCUGCUUGAGAAGAUUGAGGAUCAGUGGGAUUCUUUCCUCAAUGGGAUUGGGAGAGGGAUCUCUCUUCAACUCAUCAGCCAAGAAGCUCAUCUUGGCAAGAGUGAUGAGACUUUUGUGAGGGGAUGGUUGCCAAGAUUGUCAGACAAUCCUUAUGUGGUGGAGUAUGGAGCUGACAUGGUGGUGCCGAGUGAUUUUGGGCAGCCGGGAGCGGUUGUUGUGACGAAUUUCCAUGAGAAAGAGGUGUUCUUGAUGGAGAUUGUGGUUCAUGGAUUCAAAGAGCCUAUAUUCUUUGCGGCCGAUACAUGGAUUCAUUCGAGAAACGACAAUCCUGAGAGUCGAAUCAUAUUCAAGAAUCAGGCUUACCUUCCAUCUGAGACGCCACCCGGGCUGAAGAAUAUCCGGAACGAGGAGCUGUUGAGAGUUCGUGGCAAUGGAAAAGGAGUGAGGAAGCUGCACGAGAGGAUAUACGAUUAUGCUGUGUACAAUGAUUUGGGUAGUCCUGAUAAGGAUGAGGAGCUAGCCAGGCCGGUUCUGGGUGGUGAGGAGAGGCCGUAUCCUAGGCGUUGUUGGACUGGUAGACGUCCCUCUUUAACAGAUCCCGAUACAGAGAGUCGAAUCGAGAAGCCUGAUCCGGUGUAUGUUCCUCGUGAUGAGACGUUUGAGGAGGUUAAGCAGAGCACAUUUUCAGCUGGAAGGCUGAAGGCUGUGCUCCACAACCUGAUACCAUUGAUCGUUUCCACGUUGGCUGAUUCGGACAUCCCAUUCACAAACUUCUCCGACAUAGAUGAUCUGUAUAACGAUGAUAUUCUGCUGCCAAAAGGAGCCAAAAAGACUCACCUCCUUGCCAAUCUGAUGGAUCAAGUGUUGAAUGUUGGUGACAAUCUGCUGAAAUACGAAAUACCAGCCAUUAUUAGGCGUGACAGGUUUUCAUGGCUAAGGGAUAAUGAGUUCGCCCGUCAGACUUUAGCCGGGGUGAAUCCUGUUAAUAUCGAGCUACUAAAGGAGCUUCCCAUUUUAAGCAAACUUGAUCCUGAAAUAUACGGCCCUCCGGAAUCUGCAAUCACGAAGGAAAUCAUCGCCAGAGAGCUCAACGGAAUCAGUGUUGAAGAUGCAAUAGAAAAGAAGAAGCUGUUUAUAAUUGACUAUCAUGACUUGCUGUUACCGUUCAUUGAGAAGAUGAAUGAGUUGCCUGAUAGAAAAGCUUAUGCUUCCAGAACCGUGUUCUUUUUCGAUGAUGGCAUCCUCAGGCCAAUUGUCAUCGAGCUAUCACUCCCACCAACGUCUUCAUCUAAGAGGAACAAGAAAAUAUACACUCAUGGUCACGGUGCCACCACUAGCUGGAUCUGGAAGCUGGCGAAAGCUCAUGUUUGCUCCAAUGACGCGGGCGCUCACCAGCUCGUGAACCACUGGUUGAGGACUCAUGCCUGCACGGAACCUUAUAUAAUCGCGACAAAUAGGCAGCUAAGUGCAAUGCACCCGAUCUACAAACUACUGCACCCGCAUAUGCGCUACACCAUGGAAAUCAAUGCUCUUGCAAGGCAAAGUUUGAUAAACGGAGGUGGAGUCAUUGAGGCUUGUUUCAGCCCUGGAAAGUACGCCAUGGAGAUAAGCUCGGCUGCCUAUGAGAGCUUGUGGCGGUUUGACAGGGAAGCAUUACCUGCGGAUUUACUUCACAGGGGGGUGGCGGUUGAGGAUCCCACCGCGCCUGGUGGUGUCAAACUUCUUAUAGAAGAUUAUCCAUAUGCUGCAGACGCGCUUCUCAUAUGGGCUGCGAUACAGGAAUUGGUGGAAUCUUACGUCGAGCACUAUUACUCUGAGCCAAAUUCGAUCUCAUCUGAUGUGGAGCUUCAGGCCUGGUGGGACGAGAUAAAGAACGUGGGGCAUCAUGACAAGAGAAACGAAACGUGGUGGCCUAACCUCAAUACACAAGACGACUUAUCAAGCAUACUUACAACCAUGAUUUGGACUGCUUCUGGUCAGCACGCAGCUAUUAACUUCGGGCAGUAUCCGUUUGGGGGAUACGUACCUAACCGCCCAACUCUCAUGAGGAAACUAAUCCCUCAACCAGGUGACCAUGAGUAUGAGAAUUUCCUUCACAACCCGGAAUACACAUUCUUGACCUCGUUGCCCACGCAACUCCAGGCAACAAAGGUUAUGGCUGUCCAAGACAGCCUAUCAACACAUUCUCCAGAUGAAGAGUAUCUGCAUCAGUUGGAUCAGAUUCAUAGGCUUUCCUCUAAUGAUCCUCUGGUUCAAAAGUUUUUCGAAAAUUUCUCUGUGGCGUUAGAAGAGGUAGAACGGAUCAUCAAUCUACGGAACAAGAACAUAGAACUGACAAACAGAACUGGUGCUGGCGUUCCUCCGUAUGAAUUGCUUCUACCGACUUCACCUCCUGGCGUUACUGGUCGUGGUAUUCCCAACAGCAUCUCCAUCUGACUUCGUGGUCACCCUUUGUGCUCUAGGGAAAGCCUGUAGUCAUUGUUAGAGAGUGUCUAUUUCUGCAUCUAUCAGAAUAGUAGAUAAAACAUGGUUAUGCAUUCAGCUUUAUCAAUCAAGGAAUAUAUAUUCCUUGGCUGCUAUUCCUUCACUCAUCAUUUAAACAUCAAAUGCUCUCUGUGCAUAGAUUAUGAACUCAAUGUAUUGCAUCGUUGUGAAUGUUACAAUAAUAGAAUGCAUUUCAACCGA